UGGCCGGGGCGGGGACAGUGUUCCUUGCUGCUCCUCUGGCGGACCUUAAGGCCCAAGAAGGCGAGGGAGGGCGAGGGAAGGAAGGACGGAGGCAGCCAGGGGAAGAGGAGCAGGAGGAGGAGGGCAUGGCGACGGGGCACUUGCAGCAGUUGUGGGGGGCAGGGCUGGGGGCCUCCCGGGGGGCGCUUGUGGGGCGCUUUGCCGCCCUCCGGCCUCUGGGCCUCUUGCUUCCUCCGCAGCCUCGGCUUCUAGUAGUCUCCAGCCGCGGGGCUGCGGGCGGCGACGGCGGGCUGGAAGCGAACCGUUUCUUCCAGAAGUACCAAAGCAAGAUCGAGGACCUGCGCAGAUCCAACCCAGAUAUUUUUGAAUCCCGAAUGAAGAAAAAGGACGAUAUGAAAAAGCAGCCUGUUGGAUUAUCAAAGCAAGAAGAAUUUGUCAGACUCAUAGAGGAAAAGUUCAAAGAAGCAUAUGAAGCCAAAAAAGGAUUCACAAAAAAUAAGACACUUGAUUCCAUACUUAAUGUUGAAAUGAUGAAACAGAAGAAACCUGAAGAAAUAAAACAGAUAUGGAAGCAGUAUUACUCUGGGGAAGACACCGUUUAUGCUGUUAUUCCAGGGAAGACUUUUGAUUUGAUGUGGGAGCGAAUUCAGAACUGCCCCUCUUUUCUAUAUGCACUGCCAAGGAAGGAGGGAUAUGAGUUUUUUGUGGGUCAGUGGUCAGGAGCAGAACUCCACUUCAGUUCUCUGAUAAAUAUUCAGACACAAGGUGAAGCUGCUUGUAGCCAGUUGAUCUUGUAUCAUUAUCCUGAGCUUCGAGAGGAAAAAGGAAUUGUACUGAUGACAGCAGAAAUGGAUUCUAGAUUUUUGAGUGUGCAAGAAGCUCAGUGCCUAGCCAGCCAAGUGCAGCUUUUUUAUGCCACAGACCGACACGAGGUAUACCAGGUAGUGGAAACUUUUAACCACCGGCCAGCUGAAUUUAAGUACAUGUCUGUAAUAACUGAGGUUGAACAGAGCAGAGUUGGUGAAGAACUGAAUCCUCAGCAAGAGCCACCAUCAUCUUCGGCUUGAGUGGUUCAGUAGCCACGAGCAGAGAUGACUGACGUGGCAUAUGAUCCUGCCUUGGGACUGGAGUUGCUGCUUCAUACAGAAAUAAUCCAAAUGGGAAAGGGUGAUGUCUGCAUCUGAUGGGGAGAAGAAGAUAUCUUAUGAAUUGGUCAACUCAGUACUGUGGGAAUGUGGAGGCUCUUGCAUAACCCCAUUUCUUUCUGAAUGGUAGAGGAAAUGAGGAAACACAUGGUGCUUGCAGUUUCCUCUCCCGUAUUGCACACAAUUCAGUGGCUUUUCAUAUUUAUGAAGAUUCUCUGUAUCACUUAGUCAGCAAGGAGGGAGUAUGGGAGAUGUGAGCUAGGAGAGACUAGAUAUGGUGAAUUCCUAAACAAAAAACGAUUCAUGUAAUUUCAUCAUAGUACACGAUUUUUUUGCAGCUUGAGUGAAAAGGAAAGUUUUCUACACCGUGGGGCUUAAAAACAAAACAAACAAAUAAAAUUAAAAAUACAAAAAACAAAUACAAAAACACAUCUUUGGAUAUGUCUCAAGCUUGAUGAAGCAUAACAACCAUUCUGUAUGUAAAACGUACAAAACCAAACAGUUGAUUAGAGACUUCCGGGAAAAAAGGCAUUGAAUGUUUCUCAGAGUGUUUGCCUAUCAUACAUAGGUGAGGAAAAACCUGUUGCAUUUAGUCUCUAAAAACAGAGGUUUUACCCCUCUCCCUUCCCCAACAAUAAGGAUAAUAAAUAUUGUAUCAGAACUGAGUCAUGCACAAAUUUACAGUUCAUUUGUGAAACUAGAGAUAACUCUUGGUAUCUUGCUUUCGCCCAUCUUUGCUGCUUUAUGUAAUGGGUGAAUUCCUUCUCCUUAGAUGGCUUGUUUCUGAACCUAAUAAGAGUGAGAAGGGGAUAAGGAACAGGUUCAGGAAAUCCUGGAUGCAGAUGAACCUGAUACUGCACAGACUAGCCUUGGUUUUCCCGGAAGUAAUCUGCAGAAGGGAAGCAAGAUAAUACUGUCUCUCUUCUCAAACUGGAUUUAGAAAUGACUUUAUGUACAUCGGAAAUGAUCAAUGACAGGUAGUAUGGAUAAGCAAGGCGAGCGGAGAAAGCACUUGCAGUCUUGAGAAUAGCUCCUAAAAGAGAAUUUUUGAGUUUGAAUCCUACACUCCAUGCCCAUAGCUGUCUUAUCUAAUGGUGCAUACCAAAAAACAAAACAAAAACAAAUCACCUCUUUUAUCUCCAUCAAGGCAAAUGAUUUCAUUAUGAUUUUUUGGGGUGUGUAUGCACUUGAAUAAUUUUGCAUAAUUUUUCAUUUCUGAAAACCAAAGUAGUAUAAUAACUGUGACAGCCUGGAUGGAAAAAGGUUAAUUAAAAGAAAAUAAUUGCUGGAUCACAUAUAGCAUUUGAUUUUAAAAUCUGUAUACAUUUGCAUAUGAAUAAAAAUUGUUCUAAACAAAA